UCCACGUGAACUAAAGGCGAGUGCAUCAUCCUGCCAGCAGAAAUCGAGGUAGGGUGAAUGGUCCAUCUCUCAAUCCAGUGGCAUGCAAAUGCCAGCGUGGAAGCAAUCUUUGUAUAGUGUUAAUGCUCCAUUAUUUGUCCAUGGAGGAUUUCGGUGGACCAGGAGCCAUGACUACCUCACAUUUCUCUCUCCGUAAAGCCGUCUCUCUCUUAAACUCUUUUGCUAAAACCAGGUCACUCUCAAAAGGCCUUCAAGUACAUGCUAAACUCCUUGUUUUUGGUCUGACUUUCCAUAUCUCAAAUACUGCUCUUGUGGCAAUGUACUCUCUCUGUAAUAACAUUGCUUAUGCCCAAGAAAUAUUUGAAAAAUUGGAGCCCAAGAAUCUCUACGCCUAUAACAUGAUGAUAAGAGGCUUUGCUAACAAUGGGCUCUCAGAAAAGGCUCUAUUCCUUUAUAAAAGGUUACUUUCUCAAGGCCUUAAACCUGACAAUUUGACAUACCCAUCCGUGAUCAAGGCUUGCGCGUGCCUAAAUUCGUUGCAAGCAGGGAGAGAUGUUCAUAUUGAUGCAAUAAACAACGGAUAUGAGUUUGAUUCUUUUGUAGCUAAUUCUCUCUUGAACAUGUAUUUGAAAUGCGGGCGCUUUGAAGAUGCCAAAGAUUUGUUUAAUAGAAUUCCUGAAAGAACGGUGGUUGCUUGGAACACCAUGAUUGCGGGUUUUUCUCAGAAUGGGCGUCAUCAUAAGGCUUUGGAGAUUUUUGACCAGAUGAAGGUUUCAGGUGUACUUGCAGAUGAGGCCACGAUGGUCAGCGUGCUUCCAGUGUGUGCUAAUUUGCGAGAUGUAGAGAGAGGUAGAGCGAUUCAUGCAUAUAUUGAUGAGAGAGGAUUCGGGGACAAUUUACUGGUUAGAAACUCUUUGAUUGAUAUGUAUGCAAAGUGUGGUUGUUUGGAAGACGCAAGGAGACUUUUCAAUGAGGCGCCCCAAAGAAAUGUGAUUUCAUGGACAUCCAUGAUAGGUGGGUAUGUUCUGAUGGGUCUGGUAUUUGAGGCGUUGAGUCUCUUCUCUCAAAUGCAGCCAACAAAGGUUAGACCUAAUUCCCUUAGUAUUUCUAUUCUACUUUCUGGGUGUGCUUCUUCAUCCUUUUUGAGAUAUGGAAAGUUUGUGCAUGGCUAUGCAAUUAGGAAUAACAUUGAAUUCGAUGUUGUGGUCGAGACUGCUUUGAUCGAUAUGUACGCGAAAUGUGGUAAAUUGGAUUUGGGGUAUAGAUUAUUUAUGAAGACUUCAAGGCAGAGGACGGUCCCAUGGAAUGCUAUUAUAUCGGGUUUUGCUCAGAAUGGGACUGCAGAAGAAGCUGUGAAGCUUUUCAAGCAAAUGCUUCAGGAAAGUGUAUGCCCUGAUAAUGCAACUAUUGUUGGUCUUAUUCCAGCUUAUGCAAAUUUAGUGGAUAUUAGGCAUGGGAUGAACAUACAUGGUUUCCUAAUUAAAGCUGGUUUUGAUUUAGCUGUUGAAAUUGCUACUGGUUUGAUUGAUAUUUAUUCAAAAAGUGGCUGUCUUGAAUUCACAAGGAAAAUCUUUGAUGGGAUAGAGGGGAAAGAUGUGGUGUGUUAUAGUGCAAUUAUUGCUGGCUAUGGAAUGCAUGGGCAUGGGGGAGAAGUGAUUUUUCUAUAUGAACAAAUGUUGAAUUGUGGUUUGAAGCCAAAUGAGAUCACCUUCACCUCUAUACUCUAUGCCUGCAGCCAUGCUGGGUUGGUAGAUCAAGGUUUGCAAUUUUUCAGGUCCAUGGUUGCGAGUCAUCAUAUAAAAGCUAAUGUUGAUCACUAUGCGUGUAUUGUAGAUCUUCUGGGUCGUAACGGCCGAAUCAAAGAGGCCCAUGAUAUCAUCAGGGAAAUGCCAUUAGAGCCGAAUCAUGCUGUUUGGGGUGCAUUGCUUGGGGCUUGUGUGAUACAUCAGAAUGUUGAGUUAGCGGAGGUUGCCAUAGAGAGUCUUUUGAAAAUAGAGCCUAAUAAUACUGGCAAUUAUGUAUUAUUGAGCAAUCUUUAUGCUUCAGUUGGGAGGUGGGAAGAUGCAGAAAAGGUGAGAAAUUUUAUGAAAGAUAGCGGAUUAAGGAAAAUGCCUGGUUGGAGCUUUAUUGAGUUAAAGCAACAAGGUUUGGGGAUUGAACCUCAAGUUCGAUAGGUGAAAUCAUUGUGGUUCAAAAGAUGAGCAGCAUACCUAUUAUGGGCGUAGUAGCAAAGUAAUAGGCCGGACUGCUUCCUCACUCUUGUGGAUAAGCAUAGUUGUUCGUCUUCUAUAGCACUUCGACUUUCGGAAUGAGGAUCACUUAUCAUUUUGUGCUAACGAGUAGGAGGUAGAGAGGGCCCAUGCAGAGCUAAGGAAGCAUCAACAGGAGCUUAUUUAGGCUUGUGAUGGUUAGGUGGCAGUCAAAAACUUGUGCGAGAUGGCCUCCCAGCUAGAGAGGCCCCAAUCGCUCGGGUAAAACAAUACGUUCCUCAACUAGAUCAAGAGUUGGCUGUGGUCAGAAGCAGUCUAGAAAAGGCAGAACAAAUAGCAAGAGAUUUCUCAGGUGAACUACAACGGUCUGUCGAGCUUGGGGCCCAGGUUCAUCUAGGCCAAGCAGAAAUAGGAGCCUUAGAGAAAAGAUAACAGAAGCUGAGAAAGGAGAUGGCAGUCGCUGCUGCUGAGGGUGAGGGGAUGGAUGGGCAACUCAGGGUUGAACUCAAUGAGUUUUGGCUCUGAUCUUUGUAUUAUAUGUUGAUACUCUUUAUAGCCACCCUUCCUCAAUGAGAAAUAAAAGUAUAAUUAUU